CGUCCCCCUUCAACAAAAGCCCUCGAUCUCUGCUCCGGAGAAGCUUCUACCCCCUCCACCUCCACCUCCACCCCCACCCCCACCCCCCACUCCAUUGCCGCCCCUCGGGAUCCCACCCCGCGCCGCCCGCCACUCGGCCGCAUUCCGCACCGCGGCGCAUUGCCUGGCGCGCGGGGGCUGGCCGGAGCACGUCGUCGCCCGAAGAGCCUGAUCUCGCCCCGGAUCUGACCCGGGCCCGGAGGAGCGGCGGGAUGGCACCCCCGCGGAACGGGGGCGGGGCCGCGGCGGUGCGGCUGCCGGCGAUGAACGCGCUGGAGAUCCUGCGGGAGACGGUGCGCGUGCUGCGCGCCGACCCGCACGCCUUCACCUACGUGCUCUUCCUCCUGCUCUGCCCGGCCUCCGGGAUCCUCCUCCUGUCCGCCGCCGCGCUCGAGGGCGCCGCCGUGCUGCCGCUCGCGCGCCGCCUCCUCGUCGCCGCGGCCGACUCGGGCGUCCCCGUCACGCAUUUCGUCAAGCAGCUCGCGCACCACCUCGCCGCCACGCUCGUCGCCGCCGUCGUCUCCUUCCCGGCGCUCCUCACGCUCCUCCUUGCCGCCCGCGCCGCCGUCGCCUACACCGUGGCGGCCGUCUACGCGGGCAAGCCCCUCCCGGCUGCCGACCUCUCCCUCCUCGCGCGCCGCGCCUGGCCGCGCCUCGCCGCCACCUACGGCCUCUCGUGCGCCGCCGUCGCCGCCUGCCUCGCCGCCUUCCUCGCCCUCCUCGUCACCGUCUGCUCCACGCUCAAGUCCAUGCUCUACCCGCCGGACAUUGUCGUCUCCGCGGGCCUCCUCACGGUGCUUGCGUUCUCCAUCGUGUACGCGCACACCAUCAUAGUGUGCAGCCUCGGCGGAGUCAUUGCCGUUCUUGAGGACGUGGCCGGGGUCAAUGCGCUGCGCCGGUCGGUGCAGCUGAUGCGCGGACAAACCCAUGUGGGGCUGCUCAUCUUUCUUGUAUCCACCAUUGGUCUGGCCUUCGUCGAGGGCCUGUUUGAGCACAGGGUGAAGACGUUGAGUUAUGGGGAUGGCUCAUCUCGGCUCUGGGAGGGGCCAUUGCUGAUCCUCAUGUACUCUUUCGUGAUGCUCAUCGAUUCAAUGAUGAGUGCUGUAUUCUACUUCACUUGCCGAUCAUCGAGUUUGGCAGUCCUGGAUGAGGAGGGAGGCUCAAUCGAGGAGAUUGAGAUGAUGAUGGGUGACAAAUCAGAUUCAGUCAGGUGAUGAAGAAGAUUAUAGGUUUCUUUCUCAAGGUGUAUCUGUUCAUAUUCUGGUGGGAAAUAAGUGAGGUGGGCAAUAUCCGGUUUUUGCCAAGAUUACACGCCUAAUGUGCACGAUCGGUUCAUGUUCAUGGUGAAAGAAACCUUUUUGCAGUCAUUUGGGGGUUCUUCGGGGCUCAUGUAAUGGCGCGGAUGCAAAAGAGAAGACCGGGGGAACUUAGAUAUUGGUGUAUUCUUGAUCUGUCUCAGCAGUGAUCCGAGGGCUGGCAAUGUGUGUAGCAUUUUUUUGAAACGAUGUAACUAGUAUAUCAAUUCAAUUGCGGUGGAAUUUUGUCAUCUCAAACACAUUUUUUGUUAUACGGAACCGAAGGGCACAUAUAUGUAAUACUAAGGUAUCGAUGACUCAGAAACUCGAUUCAUGAAUCUGCACUCGAUCUGCAUUUAUUUUA